AUGGCUGAUCCGGCUGGUCCCUCUCUUGAGGCAGGCGUCGUAAACAAGUCGCCUUUCACAGAUACGAAAACCACCGAAGACGGUGCUCAACCAGCAGAUGGAGUCACUGGUCUAUAUGAGGGAAAUGUGUUCGAAACAUCCCCAGACAGUCGGCGACAGAUCGGCGUGUUUAGUGCGAUCGCGCUGAUCUUUAACCGGGUAGUCGGGACUGGUAUUUUCGCAACCCCCAGUACAAUCUUGAGUCUAUCUGGGAGUGUUGGGCUCGCACUAUUCAUGUGGGUGAUUGGUACAAUCAUUGCCCUGGCUGGAACAGCAGUGUACUUGGAAUGGGGAACUGCGAUUCCGAGAAACGGAGGCGAGAAAAACUACCUCGAAUAUAUUUACAAAAAACCCAAAUUCCUUGCCACGGCGAUGUUCGCCGCCUACGCCUUUCUGUUGGGAUGGGCCGCCAGCAAUAGUGUUGUCUUUGGCGAGUAUAUCCUCAAUGCCGCAGAAGUCGAGGUUGGCCGCUGGAAUCAGCGUGGGAUUGGAUUGGCUUGUUUGACAACGGCUUUUCUCAUCCACGCAUUUGCUUUGAAAUGGGGCAUUCGUCUGACCAACUUUCUUGGGGCGAUCAAGUUGAUCGUCAUGUUGUUCAUUGUUGUGAGCGGAUGGGUCGCUUUGGCCGGUCAUACUAAGAUUGAAGCGCCGCAUAAUUUCAGAAACGCAUUUGAAGGGACGAAGGGGGGUGGAUACAGCAUCGUUAUGGCGCUGUACAACGUCAUCUGGUCAUUUAUUGGUUACUCCAAUGCCAAUUAUGUCCUGAGUGAGACGAAGAACCCGGUUCGCACCUUGAAGAUAGCCGCCCCAGUGGCUAUUAUCUCAGUCGGUAUCCUGUACAUGUUCGUCAAUAUCGCCUACUUUGCUGCAGUUCCGAAACAGGAGAUGCUCGAUUCUGGAACUUUAGUUGCCGCAGCAUUUUUCAAAAAUAUGUUUGGGAAGCAGGCCGAAAAGGCGAUGUCGGUACUCGUGGCUCUAUCUGCCUUCGGAAACGUACUUUCUGUUAUUUUCUCACAGGGCCGCAUUGUCCAAGAGCUAGGUCGUGAAGGCGCAUUGCCAUUCUCGAAGAUCUGGGCUAGUAACUGGCCGUUGAAUUCCCCUGCCGCUGGCCUUUUUGAGCACUGGGUGGUUUCUGCCAUCAUCAUGCUUGCACCUCCUCCCGGAGAUGCAUAUAAUUUCUUACUCAACCUCAUUUCAUACCCCCUCUCGAUCAUCAACGUCUUCGUCGGUGCCGGGUUAGUCUACAUUUACCUGACCCGGGAAAAGAACUUUCCGAACUGGUCACCAGGUAUCCGAGCAACGCUCCCCGUGGCAAUAUUCUUCACACUGUCCAACGUUUACUUGGUUAUUGCGCCAUAUAUUCCCCCGAGCGAUGGCCAAAGUGUCUAUGAAGAUUUGCCAUACUUCUUGCACUGUGUGGUCGCAUUGGGUGUUUUUGCUUCUGGUGCUGUCUAUUAUCUUGUCUGGGCGGUCUUAUUACCCCGUUGGGGUGGAUAUAUAUUGGUCAAAGAGACAGUAGUAGAUGCGGAUGGAUGGUCGCGCAGCGUGUUUACGCGGAUAGAUGGAAAAAGAGGCAGUUGA